AUGGCGCUUCAAUUACAUGAACACCCUAUUCAAAGUCCUCAACUCUUCAUUGACAUUGAAGCGUACUGGCCCCGUCUAACCGAAGAUGCCAAGGCAAAGCUUUUUCGUCAGUUACAUGGACUCGAGCCACAGCUGUUUGAAUCAAUCGCCCUGGAGGCGCCGGCUGAGACCCCGUGCCAACAGCCCAUUACCAAUGGUAGCCUAGCAACUACUAGCCACUCUUCAACACGUCAAUCGGAGUCUCGGAGGGCAAGAGUCGCAUUACCAGCUGAGAGGAGGCCAAACAGGACAACAGCACCACAUCGCGCGGGAUAUCCUCGUGACGCUGGACUACGUGCCAGCAGCGCAGCACAACCCAUUAGUGAGCGCACCAGCACAGCACCACCCACAGGCCAACGUACCAGCCCAGCACCCAUCAACCCAUCGUAUGGCACUCCCCGGUGCUUCGAGGGUAUUCCAGAGGAUGUGCUGGCUGAGCUGGGAGCGUCGUCUCCAGAAGAGUAUCUUAUGAAGGAUGAGAACGUGUUUCUUUUAGAUGUUUUUGAAGCUGUGCAAAAGAACGCAGGAGAUACAUGGAAGGUUGCGAUCCGACGAAGAUUUCAGAGCAUGGCCAUCCACAAUCUGCAUUGCGGCGAGAGGUAUCUUCUACUAUCGCAAGAGCUAUCAUUGGGCCAAAUGCUAUUGCUAAGCCCGACACAAGCGAGCUUCUAUGAACGGCGACUUCCUCUCAGAAAGGCAAAUCGAAAUCUACACAUCGAAAAGCUACGUGUGCAGGCCGCCAAUAUCAAUCCAAAUGUGUUAGCGAAAGCAGAGCAAAUCGCCUGGCAUCUGUGCAUGUGGGCCAACGCAGCGUGGUCGCAGCGGAUGACUAACUGGCCACCUCAAAUUUCAAAUAAACGCAGACGAGGAGACCAUGGUUAUGGGUAUCAGUUAUCACAACCCAUAUGUACUCCUCUACCAGGCCAGCAGAUAUCUGCAGCGUAUUACAUGCCGUCAGCUGAUCAGCUUUCAUCACGCCUUGGAGAGCAGCCUCGCCAGCUUAUACACCCGGACGAGGUUUACGUGGUAGCAGCUGAUCAGCUUUCAGCACGCCUUGGAGAGCAGCCUCGCCAGCUAAUACACCCGGACGAGGGUUACGUAGCAGCAGCCGAUCAGCUUUCAGCACGCCUUGGAGAACAGCCUCGCCAGACGAUAAUCCCGGAAGGUUUUCCCAUGGCGUCAAUGGGAAUUAACUCAUCACUCAUUAGAGAGCAGAACAGUCAGUCAAUGAAUCUGGAAGACUAUUCCAUUUCCUCUGGUGUGGACAACAACACUCUCUUGAUUUCUCAAACAGUCCCUUCACAUACGGCUAUGGCACAACUCGGCUCAACUCCUGCGCCGUCGAACUGGGAAGACUGA